CUCCAUCUGUUACAUACAGCUGCAGACAGCUCUGCUCCCAACUGCUCACGUUAACCUCCCUCCCUCCGUCAGGAGACCCUCAGGAUACCACUGUUACUUCUUCUCUGCACCUGGGUGGCACCUUUCUGGAUCCAGUGGACAUUGUGUUUGCCGUAGACUUUUUAUCUUUUUUCCUCCCGAGUGUUGACUAGGAACAUCCGUACGCUCCGUUGUGUGUUGUGGGAGAUUCAUUUCCUCUUCCUGGAAGCUGCAAGGAGCCGGCACCAUGGACUUACUCGCUUACUUUUGGCUAUUCACCACAACUCUCGUGUUAAUCCAUCAGCAUCAAGCCUCCUCCCUCUCUGUUACAGCGGACGAGAGCCCCCCAGCACAGCCCCCCCACUCGACCCACCGCAGAGAGAAGCGCUGCUCCUGCGAGAACCAGAAAGACAAGGAGUGCAUUUUUUUCUGCCACAUCGGUAUCGUCUGGGUCAACACGCCGAGCCAUGUGGUCCCGUACGGAUUCGGUUCGGUCCGACUGAGGCGGGAGCUCGGUCGCUGCCUCUGCACACGCACACAGGACGCCGAGUGUGUGCACUUCUGCUCCGUGCAGGCUCAGACACAAGAGGAAAAUGCAGUGACGAAGAGGAAGACUGACAAACAAUUGAAGAGAUUCAGAGCUGCAUUCUGGGAAAAAAGAAGCCGCCACACACUCAAACACCAGACCUGAGCCAAAGGAGCAGGAGUCAAUCAUUCAUCAGAUAUAUAAAGUGUGUGUGUGUGUGUGUAUUAAGUCCAUGUAAUGAUGAAGUGUAAAGAUAGGACUGCUGCUGUUUUUAACAUUUGGCUGACGGCACGCAGGGAGGUGGUGUGAACCUGCGACCUUUGUGUUGGCGGGUGAUCUCGGAUGAUUUAUGUCUCCGAGAGGUGGAAAACAUUUCAGUUACACAGCCUCGGGAGGAGAAAGGCUCGGGCGUUUUAAUUCUAAAUUAUUGCUGUUUUCUAAGCCAAAGAUCUGUCUUUAAAGGCUGAAAUAGUAUGUUUUUUAGCAUUUUAUUUAACGAUCGAAUGUGUAGAUCAUUUUAUACAGAGUUAAAAAAGAAAGUAUUUUAUUAUGAUAAAGGAGUCUUUUAAAAUCUGGCAUUUAAUAUUUUAGGACAGGGACAGAUACAUUUAUUAAAAACAAGUCGAAGAUAUUUAAUUCUGGGGGGGGGGGGGGUUUUUGGAGCAAAAAGUCGUAAUAUGAGAGAAAAGUUUAAAUUUCACAAAAGAAAAGUUACAUUAUGACACAGUUGUGAUACAACGAG